AAAUAUUCCAUAAGAAUUCCACAUUUCCCGCUUCCUCUCCAAAAACGAAAAAGACAAAAACCGAAAGCCAAAACCUUUCCUUUGCCUCAUAGCGGCAUAAAAAUUGGGGGCCAAAUGUCGGAAUCAGAACCUCCCCGCCGCAAACCAACUCCGCCAUUGCACAAACAAAAUUCAUGGUCCCCACAUACUGUACGAGAAGAGGCGUGGACCAAUCGGAAGAAAAAUUAUCGGACGAAGCGGGGUAAAUUCAGCGUCACAGACGAUGAUUUGGAAGAGCUCCAGGCGUGCUUUGAGUUGGGGUUUGACUUCGAUUCGCCUGAUUUGGAUCCAAAACUGUCGUCUGCUUUUCCGGCGUUAGGGUUUUACCAUGCUGUGAAUCAGCAGUACAGUAAUAGAUUGUCUCGGUCUUCUUCUUCUUCUUUUUCUAAUUGUGAUUCUGUGUCCUCGGUCGAAAGCCCUAGCUCCAUUUUUGAUCCAGAUGAUGAUCCGGCUGUAGUGAAGACAAGAUUGAAACACUGGGCACAAAUUGUAGCUUGUUCGGUUCGCCAAUCUUCACCAAACUAAGUGGGAUUCAUGAUUCAUCUCGUGUGGGAGGAAAGAAGAAAAAAAUUGACAUCUUCAACCAAUUUGUGUAUAUCUAUAUCCUAGAAUUGAAUAUUUCGGGAUUUGUUUUGUAAUUAUACUUUUGGAAUAUUUUAACUUUUUUA